AUGUCGAUGAUCACGGCCGCUCAGUGGGUCCCCAGGGGAUUCGCCGCGCCAUUUCCUCAAAAAUACACACUCGACGAGGCCGAAUAUGAGAGAAUAGCCGAGCUCGCCCAGCUCCAGCUCGACGACGCCGAGGAGGACCUGAAGGAAGCGCAAGACGACGAGGGUGAUGAUGACGCCAUGGUCGAUGACGCACCCGCCAAGGGUAGCAAGAAAAAUUCCAAGUCGGAAACCAAGUAUAAUGACGACGAGGACCUGAAGGAAUACAACCUAGACGACUACGACGAUGAGGAGGAAAAGCCUGUCGAGGAGGUUCAAGGGCUUAGCAUGUUUGGCAACAUGAAGUCUCUCAGCUACUACGGAGACAACAAAGACGAUCCUUAUAUCACGCUCAAGGACGAGGACGACGAGGAAAAGGAAGACGUGCAGAUUUUGGCCACCGAUAACCUGAUUCUUUCCGCCAAGGUCGAGGACGAGAUGGCGCACCUAGAAGUCUACGUGUACGAAGAUGCCAGCGACAAUCUCUACGUCCACCACGACAUCAUGCUCCCAGCCAUCCCUCUAGCCGUUGAGUGGAUCGACAUGCGCGUCAGCAACCAUGGCACCGAAGGCAGCGACGCCCGCGGCAACUCGGUGGCCGUCGCGACCAUGGAUCCCGAUAUUGAAAUUUGGGACCUCGACACUAUCGACUGCAUGUAUCCCAACGCCAUCUUGGGUCCCAGUGCGGAGUCCAACCCCAGCAUCGUUAAGCCCAAGAAGAAGUCCAAGAGCAAGAAGACCAACGACAGCUACCACGUCGACGCAGUCCUGGCACUGGCCGCCAACCGCAAGCACCGCAACUUGCUCGCGUCUGCCUCGGCCGACAAGACGGUUAAGCUAUGGGAUCUCAACACGGCCAAGUGCGCCAAAUCGUACUCACACCACACGGACAAGGUUUGCUCGCUGGCGUGGCACACGGUCGAGCCGACUGUUCUUCUGAGCGGCAGUUAUGAUCGCACCAUUGUCGCUGCCGACAUGCGCGCACCGGACGCCAAGGCGCCUCGCUGGGGUGUUGAGAGCGAUGUCGAGAACGUCAAGUGGAACACGCACGACCAAAACUACUUUUUCGUCUCGACCGAGGGCGGCGCCGUCCAUUACUUUGAUGUGCGAAAUGCGCCCUCAAGCCCUGCCGCCAGCAAGUCUGUGUGGACGCUGCAGGCGCACGACGAAUCCGUAUCGUCAUUCGACAUCAACCCUAUUAUCCCUGGCUUCAUGGCCACCGGCUCCACCGACAGAACGGUCAAGCUGUGGAACAUCCAAGCGAGCGGUCCCUCGAUGGUCGUCUCGCGCAACCUGGAUGUUGGCAAGGUCUUUGCGACGACGUUCGCACCCGAUGCCGAGGUCGGCUUCCGCCUGGCCGUCGCUGGCAGCUCAGGCAGCAUGCACGUCUGGGACACGAGCACCAACGCCGCCGUCCGCAAGGUCUUUGCCGAGCGUGUGCCUGAGCAGACGGGAGACGUCGAGGACCGCCUCGUCGGCGUGGACGAUGACGAGAGCAGCUCCAGCGAAGAAGAGGACGAGGGUGGUGUUCCCGCCCAGGCCGGGGCCGAAGAUGACGAAGACGAUGACGAGGAUGAGGAUGAAGAUGAAGAUGAUGAGGACGAUGAAGAUAUGGAAGAAGCGUAA